AUGUUGUCCAACGUCAUCGCCUUUGCCGUCUUCUUCGUGGCCGUCUGCAUGUACGGCGCGGUGCACAAGAUCGAGGAAGGUCACGUCGGCGUCUACUACCGCGGCGGCGCCCUCCUCAAGGCCACCUCGCAGCCGGGCUUCCACAUGAUGGUGCCCCUCCUCACCUCCUUCCGCUCCAUCCAGGUCACCCUGCAGACGGACGAGGUGAAGAACGUCCCCUGCGGAACCUCCGGCGGCGUCAUGAUCUACUUCGACCGCAUCGAGGUAGUCAACAUCCUCAACUCGGCCGCCGUGCACGACAUUGUGCGGAACUUCACCGCCGACUACGACAAAGCGCUCAUCUUCAACAAGGUCCACCACGAGUUGAAUCAGUUCUGCAGCAGCCACUCGCUGCAGGAGGUGUACAUUGAGCAGUUCGACCAGAUCGACGAGAAUCUGCGCACGGCGCUUCAGGCGGACCUCAAUGAGUUUGCCCCCGGGCUUCGGGUCAUUAGCGUUCGCGUGACGAAGCCGAAGAUUCCGGAGAGCAUUCGCAAGAACUACGAGAUCAUGGAGGCCGAAAAGACCAAGCUGAUGAUCUCCGUCCAGCGACAGAAGGUCAUUGAGAAGGACGCGGAGACGGAGCGGAAGAAGGCGGUGAUCGAGGCGGAGAAAAACAGCCAGGUGGCGAAGAUCAUCAACGAGCAGAACAUCAUGGAGAAGGAGUCGCUGAAGACGAUUAGCCACAUUGAGGACGAUAUGAUGUUCAACCGCGAGAAGAUGACCGCCGACGCGGAGUACUAUACCAAGGCGAAGGUGGCCCAGGCAAACGAGCUCCUCCUCACGCCGCAGUACCUCGAGCUGAAGCGGACCGAGGCGGUGGCCGCCAACGCCAAGGUCUACUUUGGCGCCAACAUUCCCUCGAUGUUCUACGCCUCAGAGGGCUCUUCGUCCGCUUCGAGUACUCCCUCAACCGAGCUCGAAAAGCACACCAAAAUAGCGGAGAUUGAGAAAAAGCUGGCGGCGAUUGCCGCCGCCUCCAACCUCAACGCUGCUGCUCAGGCGGGCAACAAAAA